AUGCCGGAAACAUGGGAUGCCAUAACCCAACAGGAAGAACAAGACUUGACCAAUCUUAUGUCCGAAUAUGAUUUUGCGAUUAAAGAUGCAGAACGAUUUGUUGAUAUGCUGCAGCAAAGUUUGACUGAUCUUGACGUCGCAAAUGUGGAGACAGUCAUGGCUUCGGAAAAAGGCGCUGUACAAUUGAUGAAUAUGUUAGACAAAGCUGUCGAUGAAAUUUCCAAGAUCGAUGAUCGUUUGGGUCUCUAUGAAAAGAAACUGAGUACUGUUGCAGAUGCCGUAAAGAUCAUGAGCCGAAAAGAUUCGCUAAUACAAAUUGAAACUGCCAACGUUCACAAACUAACUGACGCUUUAGAAAACCUACUGGGAGUGCAAGACUUCUCAGAUGAAGAUGUUCAAUUAUUACAAAACAGUGAUCUAACCAAUGACAAUGAUCGAGCCGCAUGCAUUCAGGUGGCAAAUUUGUUAACCCAGGCUGUUGGAGUUCAACUUCAACCGGGAAUGGAAAAAAUGGCAGCGAUUAAGCAAAGACGAGAGCUACUCGAACAAACACAGCGAUCGUUUUCAUUACGAUGUAGAAAUUUUCUCAGUAGUAAAUUUGUUUUUCAUGCUGAAGGGUAUGGCGAACAUUUCGAGCUUGGUGGCAAUGAAUUACCACGUCAUGGUGAGAAAAUCACACGACCAUUGUUGCCUUUCAGUCCGUUAUGCCAGUGGUUGAAGGUCUCAUCACCUGGAUAUUUCAAAGAAGUCUGCCAAGCUUAUGUUUCGCAAAUUCGUCCGAUUUACGCCAAGGAAAUUCAUGGAUUCUUUGAAUCAGCUCGACUAGGUGUUACUAAAGGUGCUAUUGCUAUGCCAGAAAGGCGUGCUGCUGGAUCGGUUUCGACAUUGAAUACAAUUCGACGAGAUCGACAAUCUGUGCAAACUCAAGCGAUGAGUGGUGUAGUAGAUAAUGAUCCAUUUUCAUUAAAAAAUUCUACGCGAGAGUUUCGAACACGAUCCGAUAAAAUCUUUGAUCGUGUGCUCGGCCAAAUCUCACCUAUUGUGCGCGAAGAACAAUUGUUCUGUGUCAACUUCUUCUAUUCAGCUGACGAGGAAACUAUCGCUGGAGAAAAUGCAUCCGAGUCUACAACAGGCACAGAGAAUUUUCGUUCGUCUGGAUUGAAACACAUACUUGCAGAAUUACUCGAACCGUUGGAUAGUGAGAUAAAAGCAUUGAUUGGUCAUGUGAAGAAUGUCGAUUCAUUUACGGUUCUUUAUCUUUUUGUGCGUAUGAAUGAGCAUACGAUCGCUGUACAAAAUUACGGUUCAUUUCUAAAAGAUCUAUUUGCUGGAAAUCUAAUUUUGCUAAAACGAGAAGUGGAUGGUUAUGUGAGCGAGGUUUGUAAGGACAUUAAUGACUAUCGGCCGAGCAGAAACAAACGAGUAGGAAUAUUGCCCUUCGUCAAUUAUUUCGCAGAAUUCAGCGAUGAAGCGGAAAUGAUCUUUGAUAAAUCAUCACGAGCGGUUGAUUUACACCGAGCUUACAAGACUUUAGUCGGCGCAAUUUUUCGCGGAAUCGAACAAUGUGCAGCAGGAAUGGCAAACGAUCCUAAAACACCACACUCAAUGAUUCGACUUGAGAACUACCAUCAAAUGCAACAUAUAAUGGGUAUUAAGAAAUUAACAGCGUUAGAUGCGGAAAAACAAGAAGCCCGAAAGAGUUACAAUGCAGCGAAAGCGGAAUAUGAACGUGAAUAUUGUGGAUUUCCAUUCGAAAGACUACACUUAUUCUUUGAACGUGUUGAUGAACUUCGCAAACGUCUGGCAAAAGACGAAGAUGUUCAAUUUCAAAGCGAUUGUAGUAUUAUCGAAUUACGCCGACUAGUUCGUGAACAUCCGCCGAAAGAAGUCAAACGAGGAUUAGAAAGUCUCUAUAAAAAGAUCGAAAAACAUCUUUCGGAGAAUUCCUCUCUUAUGCAAGUGAUUUGGCACGAUAUUCAAACACUUGUCAUUGGAGAAUAUGAACGAAUGACGAAAUUAAUCGAAAUCUGUUAUCCGAAUUCUAAUAUACAUCUAGAGUUUACCGUAGACAAUCUAUUGAGUUUUUUUACCGAAACUGCACAUCCUUCGCAUUAA